AUGUGUGAGCCCUUCUGGCGGAAUCACCAGGCGGCGCCACACGGCCAGGUAGGGCAGGACGCGGCUGAGGCGAGGGAGCCCGGGCGGCGCCUGAGUGGUCGGGGGAGCGGGGCGGGCGAUGCGGGACGCGGUUCUUGCCUCACGCGCUCCCUCCGCUGCAGGAAGGUGGUUGUGGCGUGAGGCGAGGCGGAGGGGCGCCUGCUAGAACGUGCCAGGUGAUUCCGGGGCGAGAGGGUGAGGCGUCUGCGCUGAGGGGGUGAGCCCUUGGGUACCCCUCGCCUCUGGAAGGCUCCUCUCCUCUCCGCUGGCCGGGAAAAGGAAGCGUCAUGCCGCAUCCUGCCGUUGCCAUCGGCCCGAAGGUAUCCAUGGGGCGGGGAGAAUGGCCAGGCCGCCUUCCUGCGCUCGCACCCCCCGUUUCCAUUGAUGGAAUCUGCCUCUUGCCAGAGGGAAGGCUUCCCCCUCAAGUUGGCCCAAUAGUGCUGCCCUCCAGCUGCAUGGCCCCCUGGUGGGGUUUCCUUCUGAGCAAAGAAGUCCAGUGCCCUUCUGGAAUCACCAAAGUUGCAUAGGCAAGUGUAAGCUAAGUUGGUUCUGCGAUGGGUUUGUGUACAUGCCUACAUGGAAGUAGUGCUCUCAAGCAAAUCUGUGGCCUUGAUGUUUGGCAGCUUGUAUUGCAACAUUAAUAUGUGGCAAUUACCGGUAUGUGUUGAUUUGUACUCCUCAGCAAUGGCUGUCAUUAACUUGUUGGCGGGUAGAAAAAUACACUUGCAUAGGCCUGAAGUUCUCACAAGUCUCAUCCUAAGUCUCACAAAGGCAGCUGGAUCCCCUUCCCCACCAACCUGCUGCCAUUUAAAUGUUUUGGACUGUAACUCUGGUCAGGGAAGACGACUGUUGUAGUCUAUAACAUCUAGUCAACAUCAGGUUGGGGAAAGUUUCACUCACUUUCUUAAUGAGCUUUUGUUUCCAUAAAAUACUUUUAUUGGAAGCUAAGCUUCAUGUAUCCCAAAUGGACUUGCAACACAAGUCGACAAAGAACAAAUAGAUCUUCUCUUCUCAAUUCUUCUCUGCAGAAAACUUAAUGUCCUUGCUGAGUUUUGGAAUAAAUGAAGUUUCUGCCUGUACAAAAGCUCUCUCUGUACAAGAACAUCUCCCUCUCUGCAGAGGAGAGAUGGGGCACCUCUUUAUUUGUUGCUCUAUAUGAUAUCAAGAGCCUUUCAUGAGCUUCCCUUUCUGUAGCCACCACAAACAUUUUGUCCUUACUUUUAAAUCUAUCCAUCGCCUUGUCCCACCCACCUUGUAUUUCAGAUGUUUUUCCUCAUUAUAUUCUGUUGAUCUCCACUCUUCCAGUUCUACCAGUUUGGAAACUGAAGGCACCACUCUGGAUUUAUUGACUGCCCUUGUUGCUGCCUGCAGGUCUUGUAUCAGCAAUCGAUCCAGAGUGAUACCUUAGAUGAUACAAUGGAGCACUUAGAAGGCAGUCCUCUUAAGUGCCUAGGUCCCAAACCGCUUAAGGCUUUAACCCAUUGAAGUGGCCCCAGAAAUAACUGGCAACCAAUGUAGAUCAAACAAAAUGGGUGAAAUAUGGUCUGAUUGCCAUGUUCCAGUCAGUAUUCUGACAGCAGCAUUUUGGUUGUAGUAGCAGUUUCUGUUUCAAACUUAAAGCAUAUUACAGUACUGUAGUCUAAUCUGAAGGUCAUUAAUACUAAUUUGGAGUCGUCAUUAGGGGUUUGGAGCAAGGUGCCACCAAUGUGUGAAUAACACCCAACUUUAUUUUUCUAUGACAUCUGAGUUGGGUGUGGCUGAACAGGUCCUAACCUGGUGCUUGAACACUUGGUGGGCUGGAUUACAGCUAAUUAGUUGAAACUGAAUCUCCUCCCCUGAAAUUCUUCGAAAAUACCUCCUGGAAGAUUCCUCAAGCUCAGUAUCAUAUGAGGUGGCUAAAUUUUGCACUUUAGUAAUUAAGAAACGUAAAUCUCUUCUGUCGAAUGGCACACUGCGAAGUUCCCUUGUGUAACCUUUUUUCUUUUCUGAAGUUGUUGCUGAUUUCUUGUUGUCUGAUCUUGGGAUGUUUAGUGUCACUGGCUUUGGCCGCAAUAAACUUGAACUUGAACUUGAAACUGAAUCUUGACAAGACUUGUGGGUAGUUCGUCCCCAGGUCUGGGAGCUAGGCAAGGUGAAUGUUCUGGAUGGGGUUCCAUUACUGUGUUCCUUUGCAAGUUGUGCAAGCCACUGUUCUGAAUAAUGCUUUUAUAGUGACGGGUAGGGAGCACUGGGGAUGAAUUUAUGGAACCAAGUAGGCAGUGGGCCAAAACAGUUUGGGAACAAGUACUCCAACCCAUAAAUCUUAGGAAAAAGCAUGCAGUAGAUUUUAGUUUUCGAAAUAAUGAUGACAAAGAUGACAGCUGCUUUAAUGAAAGUGUUGGAGUAUUGUAAUUUGAGUUUUUCCAUACCCCCCUGUAUAAGACCUUCAGGAUCUCUGGAGAGCAGUUCCUAUAAGUGGAUCAACUGUAAGGAGGGAACCAGGGAGGAAUAAAGGCAUUUAGAUAGUCUUGAACCUCUUUUGUCUUCCACAUGCCAUUCUCUUCUUCCUUCCUUCCACUUCCCCCAGUGGGGCCCUCAUUUAAUUUUCGCUGGGGUAAAAAUGAAUUGCACAUUGCUUUGCUGUUCAAGAGAAUAUCUGCAAAAAUAAAAUAAAAUAGGUGGGUAGAAAAAUGGCCACAGAGAGAGGAUUCCCUCCUGUCUGCCUGCCGUGAAUCCUCCCAUCUAUCUUGCAUCAAUGGUACAUUCCCGUAGUUCCACUGUUAGGCGUGCCAAAGAUACAACAAAUUUUCAUAAUGGUUCCAUAGUUCUUAAAAGUCAUAUGACUUUAGAGCACGAGUUGUGAUUCUAUAUAAGAAGACUGAAAGUUUAAUUUCAAGACCAAAGAAUAGUGAAUGAAGGCACCGUAAAACACGGGCAUUGAAUUUGGUAUAUUUUCAGCAAUAAAACCCGGUUUUACAGGUAAAACAACCAUUUCUGUGAUAUAUAAUACCUAGUUUUCUUGAUUUCAUAAAGCAGUCUGAAGUAUUACCUAAAUUGUUAACUAUAUGGCUGUAGAAGUUAAAACACUUAUUAUCCUGCCUUGGUCUUGCACUUUAUUUAGAAGUGGAUCUUUGGCUUAAGUAGAACUGUAUCUGCACAUAUAAAAUUGUCACUGAGAUAUCAAAUCAUUGCAUUUGUGCUUUUUGUGGCUUGUGUUCGCCUGUACAUUAGUUAUGCAGUUUUAUUCAUUUUUAUUAUAUGAAUUUGAUUAAAAUGGCUUGUAUGUACCCUUUACUAAACCUGAAAUUCUGUGCUUGUGUAACCUAAGUUACUGGCCAAUAAAUGACUCAAUAUUGUGACCCAAGUACUGAAAAGAGCACCUUCCUCAGUAUUGAGCUUCUUGUACCCUAUCUUGAUGAAGACUUGUUGGUCAUGCCACCAUGUGGGGCUGCCUGGUUGGUAUUGAUCCAUGACAGAGCCUUUUCUGGGAAAUGCUCUCCUUUGUGAGUGAGGUACAUCUGUCUCCCUCAUUGUUUACCUUCAAGAGAAAUUUAAGAACAUUCCUAUUUACUCGGACAUUUGAUGACUGAAAUACACUGUUCAUAGAAGCCUUGAUCACUGGUCAAAAUGAAGUUUUUGAACUGUUUUUAGAUUUAAAAAGUUUUAGCAUUGUUCUGUCUGCAAUCCUGGGAGCACGUCAAAGUGCAAGUAGAUAAAUAGGUACCACUCCAGUAGGAAGGUAAACGGCGUUUCCGUGCACUGCUCUGGUUUGCCAGAAGCGGCUUAGUCAUGCUGGUCACAUGACCCGGAAGCUGUACGCCAGCUCCCUCAGUCAAUAAAGUGAGAUAAGUGCUGCAGCCCCAGAGUCGGCCACGACUGGAUCUAAUGGUCAGGGGUCCCUUUACGUAUGGGAGGAAGGUUGAAAUAUAAAUCAGAUGAUUAGUAAAUAAUAGUUCUGAAUGAAUAAAUUUUGGAUCAGCAUGAGGAAACCUACAUGUUUAUCGUAGGCUUAACAUUAACAGUCUGCUUUUUAUAAACUGGCUUUUUUAAAAAAGUUUUGCAUAUAGACAAUUAUACUGUAAACUAGAAGUGAUCCACAGCUUCAUGUGCAGUAUUUUCCACACGCGCAUCAAACUUUCAACUUCUUCCUCCAGAUUGAAGGGCCCUCUGGAGCAGCACCCCAAGACACCUGUAAGAAGACACCUGUUUUCUGCUAGUACAAGUUUGGUGUCCCAGUCAUUAUGUCUAAUUGAAGUAGAUAGUACAAUGUAUCAUUAAGAUAAGCAGCCUGUCGUAGGUAUACAGAUGCAGUGCUGAGAAAAGGUGAAUUUGUAUAAUCACCUGAGGUGCAGAAUGGAUGUUCCAGGGUUAUUAGAAAGACUGCCUUUCAUUCAUGCUUUUACCUCUUCUCCCACAUGCUCUUCUCACACUUAAUUUCUUAUAUGCUUUCCACCCAUCCCAUUCCACAACAGGAACUACAGAUUGUAGCCAACUAAGUUAUACGUGGAGCAGACCCAUUGAAAUAAAUGGGCUUGACAAACUUAAGUUCAUUCAUUUGGGUGGGUUUAUUAUGAGUGUGACUUGGUCAUAUGCUACCCACUUUUUAUAGCUGCCUUUAUAGGAAGCUGUAGGGUUGCUUUUUGAGCUACUGACUGCAUGAGGUAGUUGUCGUUUCUUAUUCCCUUUGUCUAUCAAUAAAUGCUUCAGUUUUGAAGUCCUAUCUAACUAAUGUCUGCUUAAGUUCAUAUCUCAAAAAGGAGGUAGCAUAAGCAUAAUGUUUUCAUAAUGAAAAAUAAAUAUUACAGUACUAUGACAGAGAUUGUAGGUUGGCUUCAAAAGCAUGCAUGUUUUCAGAAUUAAACACAAACCAUGAGUGUUUUUACAUGGGUAGUUGCUGCUGCUUUUGAAUUAUAUUUAUGGUAGUUGCACCUUCAUUGAGCUAUAAUGAAUUUUCCUAAUACUUCAAGAAAAAUCUUCGUAUUCUUCACUUUAAUGUGAAUUGUGUACUUGGGCAAUGCUUUAUAACUUUGAAUUUCUUCUUCUUCAGGUAAUUAAAGCAGCUAAAUGGAGUCUGAGCAGUUGUUCCAUAGAGGUUACUACCGAAAUAGCUACAACAGCAUAACUAGUGCUAGCAGUGAUGAAGAACUUCUAGAUGGAGCCGGUGUUAUCAUGGACUUCCAGACCUCUGAAGAUGACAAUUUGUUAGAUGGUGAUGCAUGUAUUGGUAAGUCAGUAAACCACUGGUAUUUCUUUUUAACUCAUUGUACUUACAUGCUGGUAGAUUGGGCUUUUAGGAUCCUCGUGGUGUGGCAUUGCAACAUGUUUUUGGUGUUCUGAGCAUAAAAACAAAAAUUCAUGUCUCAGUUCAGUUGUCAUAACCAAACUAUAGUUUGGCAUUUGAGGCCUUACCUUGGGCUCAUUCACUUCAGUUCCCAUCCUUGCUUCCUGUUGUACUGCAAACAAUAGCUUGCCUCCAAACUCCCAAUUGGAAGCCAUGGACAACGUUCAUUGAUGUCUGCCUGCUCGCACUGUAGAAUUCUUUAUGCAAUCAGACUUCUGGUUUCUCUUCUUCCCCUCCAUUCCUCUGUCCCCGCUCAGAUCUGCUCAGGAGGGUCUGCUAGGGCAUCUUUAGGGGUGGGGGCUGCAGGUGAGGAGGAGAGGCCCCAUUGCCCAAACUGAUGCCUGCUUGUGCUGUGCUGAAUCUUGCCCCAGGGUUUCAACUGGAUUUGUGUGGUAUGGUAACUAUAGUUUGCCCAGUUCGGACACAGCAGCAAUAGGAACAGCAGGAUAAAAUGUAACUGUAAGUAGCAAGGAGGUGGUGGAGGAUUGAUGGUGCAGGGAUGAACAGUGCACAUGAGCCAAAGGCACAACCCUAACAACAAAACAAUGGUUUUGCAAUACCUGAAUUAGACUUUAAUAUCGUAUAGUAUCUUCUUGCAGAAUGUUGUGAACUGUAAAAUGACUUUCUUGUUAGAUUAGUUUUAGCACUCCACAUACUAUUUUAAGACUUUCUGAUAUAUUUCUUCGUUUGAAGAAAUACUGGUGUUAUGAACAGUACAGACAGCCCCCCGUUUAUGUGUGGGUUACGUUUUGAGGCACCUCAUGCGUCGGUGAAAUUGCAUAUAAUUGAAACCCAUGGAAAAAGCCUGCAAACACACCAUUUCACCCUUUUCGUGAUGUUUCAGUGAUGACUUUAUGAUGUUUCUGAGUUUGGUGUGAUACAUGGUCAUGUACAUAUUGAACACGUGUAAAUGGGGCUGCCUGUAUUAUUAGCUUUUCAAAGCUAACAUGUUUUAAUUUUUUUACAGUUUCGUUAAAUGUGGUUGGCAUAACUUAAUGACUAACAUUACUCCAUGAUUCAAGAAGCACAGAUGCUUCUUGAGGCUAUUUGGGAACAAAAUCAGAUGGGAGCAAUAACGGAUGAAUACUGAGACUUGCUGUGACUAAAUUGGCUGUCCAUAAAUUGCAGGAAGAAAAUGUGAAAAUCUGUUCUUUUUAAGCUUUAGUAAGAAAAGCUUUAAAGGGAAAGAUACAAUGUGUUAAUUUGUUGAAGGACAUUGUGUUUGUGCUAAAUUGUUUUUAUUCCUAGAAAUAUCAACAAGGAACAUAAUGGAACAUUGAUCAGGGCUUGUCAAAGAACAAUAGCUUUAGAUGAAUUAGUUUAAGCAAAUAAGGCACAAACAUUCAUAUAGUGAAGGAACUAGUUGCAGAAAUCUGAGCCCUUAGUAAAUACCUUUCCAAACUUGUGAAGGAGUAUAAUGCCCCUGAAGAUUAUGAUCAUCAUAUAUGUGCCACACUUUUAAAAUGUUAUAGUUGACUUGAAUCUCUGGAAUAGAACUGUAACUAUUAAUAACAAAGUUUGAUACUCUUAACAGCUGCUUCACAACUGCACACACUGGCAAUUUCAGUUGUAAUUUAAGUCAGGGGUCAACAACCUACUUGGGCUUGUUGUGGGCACUGCACACACUGCAUCACAACCUAUUAUGUUGACUACAAUGACAUGCUUCUUUCAAGUCUUAAUUUCAGUAGGAGGAGACCCUACAAGUACCAGGGAAAACUUCUCCGGGCAAAUGUGUGCCAGCGGGCACUGCAUUGGCAAUCCCUGAUUUAAGUAAUAGACACUUGAAAGGGGAUCUUUCCUGUGUUAAGUAUAUAUUAGGUUGCAGUGCAGUAGCUUACAAAACUUUCCAGUAAGUAUCAGGCCUCUCUUUCCUCCCCACUCCUAGAAUGGACAGUCAAAAAGGCCACUAUUUUGAUGUACUAGUUUUCCUGAUACUUAAUAUUAUUUUUCACACUGUUCAUUGGCUUACCUGUCCAUCAAAAUCACUCUUCAUAAAUGCUUUCCCUAACCCAUCAGGGCUUCAUCUAGCCUUGUCAUAUCCUUACUGUCCUUCUGCCAAUCUCUGUUCCCUGUAUCGAGAGGAAUAGAGCCAGCUAACUAGGAAGAGAAGCAGUACAGUGGUUGUCAAACUUGGUUUGGUUCUCAAACUUAAUUGGUUUCGGAAGUCUAUUCCAAAACCAAAGCGUUCCAAAACCAAGGCACACAUUCCCAUAGAAAAUAAUGCAAAACAGAUUAAUCCGUUCCAGACUUUUAGAAACAACCACUAAAACAGCAAUUUAAUAUGAAUUUUACUAUCCAACAAGACCACUGAUCCAUAAAAUGAAAGCAAUAAUCAAUGUUCUAUACUAUAAAAUAAAUAAGACAGUAUUGUAGAUGAUAAAAAUUAAAAUUAUUUUUUUUCUUACUUGCACUGAUAAUAGUCAUUGUUUGGAUGGGGGGCUUUUAUCCAUUUCAGCAGUAACACAAUCAAUCAAUCAAUCAUAAAACGAAAAACAAGCCACAGUCACAAAAAUGAAAAAGCCACACAAACAAAAAUGCUAAAAAUAGCAAAAACAAAAGCACCAAAUAUCACCUCAGAACACUGCAAUCAGAAAUGGAAGGCUUUAAUUACGAUGCGUGGGGGGGGGGGGGACAACUUAAAUUAGCUGCUCAAGGAUACAAACGGGAUGAAAAAAGCCUUUAUUAUGAUGGGGGGGACUUAAAAUUGCCUUGCAAGGGCAACAUGGGAUGAAAAAAGCCUUAAUUACUAUUCAGGGGACUCAAAUGAGCUGCGCAACAGUGAAAACGGAAGCUCAGGAGCACGUUCGGCUUCCGAGGCAAAGUUCGAAAACCGGAACACCUACUUCCGGGUUUGCAGCAUUCGGGUUCUGAGUUGUUUGGGAACUAAGCUGUUCAAAAACCAAGGUACCACUGUAUUUCAGAUCUCAGAUCCCUUGCUUUUGUGGUAGAAAUUUGAUGCUGGGCCUGUGUGUACGUGUCUGCUGUUUGUCUUGCUCUUUCUUCUGGGAUAUCUCCUGUGCAAAGUGAGAUAUGCCAACUCUUUUAUCCUAUUUUGGGGGCAUGCCAGAAAAAUGGGAAGGGGUGCAGAGUUGAUUUCCCUCAUUUAGUACAAACAUCCCUUUCUCCUCUGAGUUCCCUGCCAUGUUUGGAAAGGGAAUCAUUAUGCUGGGCAUGGGUGCUUACCUGCGGGGAAGAGGUACUUGCUGCUAAGGAGACUUCUGGUUCCCCAAUGGUCUCUUUAUUUUUCAGCAUUCUAGUUUUAUAUUGUUCAACCAUAAACUGUUGCAAUCAUGCAUAGAUAUGUGGUGUUGUUGUUUUGAACUCAGAGAAAUUAAAAACUUGUCUCAAUGUGUAGGAGUACCAUAUAUUGAAUUAAGAAAACAAAUGUGGCAGGGAAUGCUCUUUUGUCAGUACCAGAGCUACAGGAAGAACAGUGUCUUUUACAUGAGAUAAUUAAUAGGAUCUCCUCCAUUGUAGCACUUCAUCUAUGUAAUUCCAUGGAGAUGCAACAGGUGGCCUAUUUUUCCUGGCUUUUGGUGCUCUGUAAAAUUUUCAGCCAAGUGUGUGUGGUUUUUUUAAAAAAAGUAUUAUUGGUCGUGUGAUUUGUUUCCUCUUCUGCUGUUUGCUUUCUUCUGUGCUUAUAAGUAGAUCAUAGUUGUACUUGUUAGAUUGCUAGGUAAUAAAUGUAUUUGUUGUUUUCAUUGUGUUUUAAUGUUCCAUUGUGUAAAAAUCACUUUGAUAUUUUUUAAAAAAUGAAGAGCAGUAUGUAAAUAAAAUAAAUAUUUACUUAUAUUCAGGUUUAUCCAGGAGGCAAUGACUGGAGGUUAAAGCGUGGCUGAAGAUUUCAGUGCUAUGUUUUUGAAGUUGCCAAUAACAGUUAACACAUUUACAUCCUUGGCUAAUUUUGUGUUAAUCCAUGCUCCCCACAACAGCCAUGUUACGUUAUGCCCCACACCCCUGUAACCAUGUUGUAUUCUUCAUAAAAAGGUUUUCAAAUUUUUCAUGUUGAUGACACAAUUUUUAGACAUGCGUCAUUUUGUUACUAGCAGACUGGAGGUUAAACCAACCCCUUUCCAGCCCCUAGAGGAGCGCAGGAAGCAUUUGCGCGACACACCUACACACUAAAGUGUCACAACACACAGUUUGGAAAGCUCUGGCCUAACAAAUCAAAAUCCCAUCUCCCAAUGUCCUUGUUUCAUCCAUUCACUUGUCAGCGGCACUUGUCUAACUGACCCUGUGUGUGAAACAGGCAGAUUUCAGAGAAAGCUAACUUGAAAAUUUUAGCUUUCAACCUUGUAUCUUGCAACCUAAAAUUUGCUUUAGGAUUGUACAUACAUACUUCCCCAUGUGAUUGGUGUCAACAUACAUCAUGACCACUGAUUCUUCCCCAACACUAUCUACUGGACUAUAUAUACAAAAAGUGGCAUCCACAACUACAAUAAAUGAUAUCAUCUGCAACCAAAUCAUCAUAUGGCCUGCAUGUUUUUUCAAAAUAUUAUCAUUUUUUAAGGUGAAAGUAAACCAAUUUGUAAAGGACUCGGGUGGCACUGUGGGUUAAACCAUAGAGCCUAGGACUUGCCGAUCAGAAGGUCGGCGGUUCAAAUCCUGUUGCUCAGUCCCUGCUCCUGCCAACCUAGCAGUUCGAAAGCACGUUAAAGUGCAAGUAGAUAAAUACCUUCCGACGGGAAGGUAAACAGCAUUUCCGUUUGCUGCUCUGGUUUGUCAGAAGCGGCUUAGUCAUGCUGGCCACAUGACCCGGAAGCUGUACGCCGGCUCCCGCGGCCAAUAAAGCGAGAUGAGCCUCGCAACUCCAGAGUCAGUCAUGACUGGACCUAAUGGUCAGGGAUCCCUUUACCUUUUAUACCAAUUUGUGGAUGUCGGGGCAAGAUUGUGCUUCAGAAGCUAGAACAGGACAAGUAUUAGCAUUUGCCCAGAGCAGAUUAACACUUGUUUUGAUGUUCACAAGUCAGAAUGUGUUGGUAUUUAUUUCUGGACAAAAAAUUAGCGUCAAACCUCUAUAUCCAGAGAAUCAAAAUUUUCAGUAAAAUCAGUUACCAUGUAUUAUAUACAGCCUUUCUGAUGAAGAGUAGACUUUAAACAGCAUUCAAAUUCAUUCUUAAAUCUCCAGGAAUCCUUACAUUAUGUGUUUCAAUAUGAUUGUUUUAUUUUAGAACAGUGGCAGUUUGCUAACUCAGUGUAUUGGGACGUCCACGAACCAAAUGGCAAUCCAUGUUGAAUGAGAUACAAAUGGGAAGAUAAUAGGCAGCUUGGUUCUGCAUAUAGUUACUUUGAAGUAAAUCUCACGGGCUUGAAUUGGAUUUCUAAGUGUGCCAACGAUAUCGGCUUUUAAUAACAUUUCUGUCAUUGAAGUGAAUGUAAUGACGCGAGAAAAGCUAAACUGCAUUAAAUCUGUCUCUGUAAUUUGAGAGACUCUCCCCUCCCUCCUUUUUGGGUAUGAUAAAAUGUUCCUGUUUCUAAGCCACUCGUAUGAUUUGUGCUCUUAUUACUGGUCAUAUUAGUUAUGGAUCUGUGUAUUAAAAAAAAAAGACACUGAAUUGAGUAAGAUAAGUCUUCUCUCCCCCAUCCCACUUUGUUCUUUUUUGAGGAAUUAAAUUUAAGUAUUUGGUUUGUAUAUAAAAAAGCACAAGGGCAAACAUGGCUGCCUUUUCAGUGCUGCUAUUUUUACAUUAGUGUUAGCUUGGGCAGCUGGGUUUAGUUUAUAUUCUCCUAAACCAGUUCAUUCUGUUUUACUUCAAGUGUAGUCACCUUCAGAAAUAGCAGGCUUUUUAGAUUAAGUCUGCCGUUCCACCUUUAAGCACUCCUAGAUUGUAGCCAGUAGCAACCAGGCUGCAAUAAUUUCCCUUUGAUGACAUCAUCGAUUGUGGAAGAACAGAGUUGCUGCAACAAGCCAGCACACAGUCCAAAUCCUGAUCGAAUAUGGCAGCUUCCCAGCCCGCUGCUGUUCUAUAAGAAAUGACUCGGUCGUUCUGAUCUUAGAAGCCCUCUUUCUAUUACACUCAUGGAAGUAUCUUCUGAUCCUUAUUUACCGUAUGAUGGGGGAGGAGACGGCAUUCCACUGAGAGAGUUGCAUAAAAGAGGUAUAUCAGAUUCAUGUUGUGAUUCAGUUUCUUGUAUGCCUUCUCGUGUGUGUGUGUGUGGCAGGUUGCUUUCAGAUCUAGAGAUGAGUUAUUAAUUGCUUAUUAAAUGCUGCACUGAUUUGUCAAGCCCCCCCAAUAUGUUUCAUACUGGGGGGAAACAGGCAGUACUGAUCCUUUGGCAGCAUUUUUUAAAAAAUUGACGGAUUAGUUCUGCUUCAGAUCACAUUGGCUGGUGACUCCAUCUUCGCUAUCUGGAAUUCUUCUUAAAGAGCGCAAAACCCAACCUUUCUCUUUUAUGUAAGUCGUGAAAUAAGCUCUGUAGUAAUGGCUGCUCAUAGCUUGACUGACAAGAAUUAAUUAAGGAAGCUGUUUCUUCUCUUGAGAGAACUUAAAGGAGAAUGCUGUUUGUACUAGGCUUUGAAGUUUCUGUGCGUGCUCCUAUAGUUAACCCCUUCAUGGCAUUCUGCAAGCUUGGUGCAAUGAAUUUACUGCAUGACUCAAAACAGCCAUUUUAAUCUAAAAAUAUAAUAGUUGUAUUUAUUACAUUUCAAUUCACAGGAAAUUAUAUAUCUUUAAGGGAAGAGUAUCACAAUUACAGGCUGUCCAUUAUUAUUUUUUCAUGCAGAUGUGUACAUGUUCAGAGAAAUUGCAGGUGCUUUCAGGCGUUUUAGGGGUAUAGCCUGUUUUCAUGAUGUUUUGGGGUAUUGACUGUGCUGAAUCAGUACACCCAACAUAAUGAAAAUUAUCCAGGAACUAUGCUUUUCACCACCACUAGUCCAAAUGGCAGACGUGCAUUUUGUAGAAUUAGUAUGGGAGACACACGCUAAAGGAGACGUUUAUAAGGAAAUAUUGUUCAAAACGGAAGACAAGUUUGUGUUUCUGUUUUGUCAUACUGCUUCCUCUCCCAUUUAUCAGUGAAUCCUAGAACUGGAUGUAUGCAGGGGGCUACUGUCUGAAUGUAAUUUAAAUCAGAGUUUUGUUUUGUAAUGAAGACACUAAGUGUACUAAAGCAUACAGUGUAAAUACUGUUACAGCUAAGAAUCUAUUAUUAAUUUUUUAAUAUUGUUUAUUACUUGAAAGUUGAGUUUGUCCUGAAGUUGUAUUUAUAUAUACCAAGCUAGAUAAUUUUCAUUCGAGCCUCUCUAAGUACGUCGCAGAACUAAAAAUAGAAUGUUGUCAGUGUGUUUUUUGUUUCAGAUAUUGGGUUUUGGGAGCUUGAGAUUAGGCUACUCACAAAUGGCAGCUUUAUCAGACCUGUCAGGAGUAAGCAUGGACCAAUGGUACCAAAUAGUAUAGGAAGCAGCCUUAUUAGAAAAACUAACCAAUAAACUGAAACUGACAUGGGGACAAAUGGAAGAAGAUGCCUUCACCCCGGUAUGGCUCCCUUUUAUCACAUACACAAUCCAACAAGACAACGACAAAAAUCCACCAACAGCAUACGAAUCAAUAUGGCUAACCUGAUUCAAAAACACCCACCCACCCCACUCACGCAUGAAAACAAAGCUCACCACAGCCAAUCACAAACAAACAACCACACCCUAGGCCAACCCCAACCUCUCUCACCACCAAAGGAACACAGGCGAAUAGUAAAGAGAACCCACACAAGUAAAGCUGACACAAAACCCCACACAUACAUUAAGUAAAUAGAAACAUGGCCACCCGACUCCACCCCCACUCACCAUGGCCCCCUCCACCUCUUUACCCCCUUUUCUUCCUAAUGUAACACUAAUGUCUCAACAAAUGAAACUGAUCUGUAGAAAAUGUAACUUGAAAAAAGAGACAUUGCACAUACUUUUGUAAACCAAGAAAUCUUUAAUAAAAAAUACAUUUAGAGAAAUAGCUUUAUCUCCAUAAAGUACAUUUUAAUGCAUUUGUGACAGGUUCGUCUUUGUGCACUAGAUUUCAUUACUGAAGAAAAAGUAAGCAAGGCAAGGGUUUGUCCAAGUCAGCAUUGUUGUAACUACUUCAACAUGCGCCACUUUGUACAUAAUCCUCUCUAAGGUUUCUUCUUGAAGUAUCAGAAGCUAAGAUGUCUGUCGCUUUGUACAAUUAAGUCUUGGAGCUAGUCUUCAACUAUGUUAAUUCUGUGAUAAAUUAAUCAUAUUGUAGUUGUGUGCCAUAGAAGCUUGUUUGGGCUUGUGAUAGGUUGCCAAAUGUUGAAUUGAUGAGGUUUUUAAAUAAUUAUUUCAAUGAGUGCUCUUGUACAAUUUAAUAUAUACACAAUGACAUGGGCCAUUUUCAAAAAACGUUCUUUGAAACUAAGCUUAUAGUCUUUGCUCACUUCCUUGGGAAUAAGUGCCAUUGAACAUAAUGGGAGCACAGGAAGAUAAUAUGUCCAUCUAGCUCAUUAUUAUUUAUACUGGCUGGUAGUGGCUAUCCAAGAUUUCAGACAGGCUUCUAUCCCAACACUACCAGGAGAUGUCAGGGAUUGAACCUGGGACCUUCUGCAUGCAAAGCAGAUGCUGUACCACUUGGCUAUGGCCCUUCCCCCAGUGAAACUUACUUCUGAGUAAUAUGCAUAGAAUGGGGCUUCGUGAUUGUUUUUUUGGCAAAGGGGUUUUGAGGUGUCCAAAGUGCUGAUCUGGUGCAUUCAACAUGUAUAAAGAGGACAGCUUUCAGAUUGUUGAGGUGUAUCAAUUUUGCAGUGAGGCACAGAAGCAGCCUGUCUUAAGUGAGUAGAACAUAAAUCUGAAGUCAGAAAUUCCAUCUUAUGAUUCAUUCACAGUCAGGUGCUCUGUGUUUCUCUACUGAGCAUAUUUUUCUUAGAGAAGACUCUGAUUGGCACAACAUGUAUGCAACUUUACACAGGCUUUAAGGAAACUGAUCUUCUUAGGGAGUGUAAACGUGGCAGGUGGCAUUUUAGGGAGUGUUAAUAAGAAAGGAAGGCAUUCAGGAAGCGAAGCUCCAGUUGUUGUUCAAGUUUUUUUUUUUUUUUUUAGUAAUCUUAACUACAUUCAGCAAUUUUGUCACAAAUUUGAAGUGAAAAAUUCAAUAAAGCUUUGUUUAUUCAUUAUGUAUUUCUUAAAAUUUAUACAUGGCUUGAUUGUAAAAAACCUCAAAGCAGUUCACAAAAAAAGACAAAACAAUAAUAUUGACAACAAUAAUUUAAGACUCUGGAAAAGUUAAAAUAAUAAUAGACUGAAAAUGGAUUAAAAUUCUCAUCAGCUUUCUAAACAUUUGGGUAGGCUUUUCAAAAUAAGAAUACUUUUAGCAGCAACUAAAGUUUAUUCUUCCACUGGUUAUUCCAUGUCUAUUAAAAGUAAGUCACUUCAUUAGCUUUCCUGCAAAGGUUCAAAUUAAAGCCUAACACAACUGGCAAAAUUAUACCUUUAUUGAGCCACUUCUUAUAUAGGUCGUUCAUGUGAAUAUCACAUGGAUAUUAAAAUAAGAAAUGGGAAGUUAUAAAAACAGCCCUUCAAAGCAAGUUAUAAUAUAUAUAUCUAUUCAAAUAAGUGUCUUUGGAAAAGGACCAGGAAAAUUCUUUUAUUUCAGCUUUUGCAGGUGUCAUAAGAAAUUAAAAGCAGUGUCAUAAAACUCAUGUCUGUAUAAAGUGCUUAUGGGUGGAGAGAAAUCCGGUUCCUCAACUGGAAGGGUGGGAAGGCCUUUAGAUGCACCUGGAUCUGUUACUGUAUACCCAGUAUUGCACUUAUAUCUGGAGAUUAACAUCUAUGUUACACAAAAUUCUUUUGUGCUCUUCUUUUGUUGAUCCCAAUGAUUCUUAUAAGUCAAGGGUAGAUUAUGUUGGUUUUGCAAUAUAUUUUCAGCUGGCAUGAUUAGCCUUUACAAAGCUAAUGGAGCUACCAGUUCUUGCAGGUUACAGUCUUGCAUUAGUUGCUAGACAUUCGUCGUAUAUUCCAAACAUUAUACCAAUGAGCUGUUGGUACAUCCAUACUAAGGAGCAAAUGCUAAUGGUUGAAGCUAACUGUCUCCCUGUAGUGGUUAUUGACUUACCUGAUGUGAAAGUGUACUUAGUUGAUGUUAAAGGAUUUCUCUAAUUAAAAUGAACAAAGGACAUUGUGGUACUUCAAGACUCUUCGUAUUUGCGGCAAUAGACUAAAAGGUAUACCUGAAUCUGUUUCUUCAUUAAACUGUAUAAUGAAUAGUGUUUAAAAGCCAAAUUCAGUGAAAUGCCAUGCUGACUGCCCAAAGAAUAUGGGAAAGAAUAAUUAUGGUUUGUAAGGAGCUGUAUGCUCUUCUAAUACUGUUCUUUGGUCUCUCUUGUACUGGCAUGCUUAAUCAUAGGGAAGACUGUCCUUUGCUUUUUGGGGACACUAGCAGUGCCAGGGUUUUCUGCACCACCUUCUCUGAGUCUAAAAUAAUGGCUCCAUUUGAACGUGGGUGUCCUUAUGUCCCUAUUCCACAACAGGCAGUUGUGGCCCAUCUACUGUGCUACGCCUCUGUCUGACAUGCUGAGCCUCUUCCUCUUCACUUAUCAGUGUUUCUCCCACAUCCAUUUUAAUGGUUUCCUAGUACCUCCUUCCUGGGUCAGUAACAAUGAUACAUGGGAUCUCAAGCUCCCAGAAUAGAUCUAUCCAUAGUUUUCUUUCCUGUUCUGUUGCAAGUAGACCUACCAUUUCUCCUUCUUUAGAUGUCACAUGACAUAUUACAUUUCUUUAAUCAGGAACAAACUUUUAGAAAAACAGAAAAUCCAACCCUCCAGGUUUCUUGAAUAUUGCACAGUACUGCGAGAAAGUACUGUGUUGAGUUUAAUAAUAACAAAUAGCAGAUCCAGUUAGCAAGCAUGGCUUGAACAAGUUUCAUCUUAGCAGUUGGUAGACAUGAAUGGCAAUCUUCAGUUAUUAAAUAUAAAUGAUGCAUUGAAUGCAUGAUCUCAGGUUCCUUUAGUUUGCCUUUGUACUGUUUUUCUCUUGCCACAGUACUAUAUGUCAGAAUCCAUUCUAUCCUAUUCUACUGACAUUCUACAGUUACUUUAAAAUCGAAUUACAUCUCCAUUGCUUCUACAGUCCAAGAACAAAACAAAAUGGGGGGGGGGCGAUUCUUAAUGAAAACCGCUUAUGCAGUUUGAUUGCAUAGAAGCAUUGGGUUGUUCAUAGGGUAAAGGGAACUAUAUCGUCUGCAUUCUCAGUUAUUUGGAUUUAUAAAUGUUUUGGUAGUGUCAUCUUAUGCUAGAGGCUGAGAUUAUGUGCUGCUUUGGUUAUGUAUGCAACACAUGUUCUAGAAAAGCUGUUCCAAAUGUGGUUGUGACCUAGUUGCUUUAAAACUGAUCUAGAUGGUUUUCUUUUUAUUAUUUUUAAAAUAUUAUUUGCCACACUAAUAGUCUUGAAUGUAUAAAUAAUAGCAACCUGCAAAUCAAAAGGUUUAGGGCAGGCUAUAACCAAAAUGAAGAUAAACACGAGCUACAGCUAGGAAGUGCCUCAACUAGCUGUAUUAAAACAUUAGGUUCUGUUAACCUUAAAGUAAUAUUAUAAUAUAAUGGGAAGUUCUCUAUUAUACAUGUGCUUCCUUUCAUACCCAAGGUGUACACUGCACUUCAGCCUGUUCAGAUAGCUGCAUACAGCAGAUUCAGUUGCAUUUCACAGUAUUACAAUGUUUAAACUUGCCGGCACAUUCAUAAGCCUCAUCAGGUAGGUAAAAAAUAUUGUUAACAGCUCAACAAGCAUUUUUUUAAAAAGCUAUAACGUUUUGAGGCUUACAAUAGUGGAUUUUAAUAUAAUGUUUUGCUACUCCAGUAUCUAGUGUAGAGUGAUAUUCUAGUGAUACUCCAUUUAUCUGGUGUAGACAACACUUAUAAUUCCACCAUUAAUUGGCCUUUGAGAAGGAAUGGAAGAGUUUUUCCUUACAACUGGGUGCAUGUCACAUUUCAACAUUGUUUAGUCUUCCCCACCAGGCUGGUCUACACUUUUGGGAUCCCACCAGAGAAUUUAUCCAUGCGCUGCAGCAACUCAGCUUUUUAUUUAACUAACCCAGUCUGCUGAUUGGUGCUGACUUCAGGCCCUGCUUUUGGCAGUGGUAGGCACACUAGAGAGAUCCUGAUGGGGACUUUUGUAGCAUAGCUAAUUCCAACAGACUUGCUGUCACUGCCCAUCAGCUGAUCAGCAUUGACAGCGGGUUUGCCAAGGAACAUUUGGGUACAAAAAUUAAGGCUCCUGAUUGUUCGUCAGCAGCUAGGCUUCUACCUGUCCUAACUAGAAAGACUAUAACACUGGCAAUUACUUGGGAGUUUAUUUAACUUUUAGGGCACCGCUUGAAGUAUGAAACCUUGCAUGUGCUUUGCCAUUGCUUAUGAAGGCGAGCCUCCUGGCCAUUUCACUUCUCUUUCUCCUUGCUGUGAGGAUGAGGUUGGAAGCUUCCGCUUCCAUUGUUUAUUUCACCCAAACUAUAAGCUGAGUUUAUUCUUAACAAUGGCCUGUUGAAACAAGGUAGGUUUAUAAACCAUUGUUUUAAGUUGGCUUGUUUGAAACAACCAUAUUAAUAUUGCCCACAUCUUGCUCAGUUUGGACAAAACAACAACAACAAGCUGUGGUUGGUCAAAAACAGAAAUAACCCAGUGUUCUGAAGGUGUUGGACUAUAUCUCUUCACUCCUGUUUUAAAAAGUGUUACUUGAAACUUGUUAGUUAAUAUACUUGCAGCGUGACCUACUUUCAUAGUGUAGUCAUGACCCAAGGACAUUUUCACAACAUUCCUCAAGCUAUACUGAAUUGCUAAUAGCAUAGUGGUGAAUGGAAGGCAAUUAUUUGUGUGGGAUGGUUUUGGGGGGAGAGGGGUGGACCUGGAGAAUAUGCAGGGAAAUAGGAGGAAAUAUUUACAUAAGUGAUAUUACAGAACACAAAAACAAAUUGUGAGAUAUGACAACCUUUUCACAACCCCCCUGAUAUCUUUUUUGAGUAUAGUAAAAAUCUGCUUAUAAGUUUGUACAUAGAAUUGAGGGGGUUUGUGGAAUCUGUUUGACCACAUACUAACCCAUUUGCCUUCGUGUUUUAAAACAACUGCAAACGUGAGCAAUACUUUUAAAUGGAUCUUUUCCUAAUUAUUCGUAUUUCUUGAACUUACAGUUGUGCUGCAAAUGUGGAUGCCACUUGUGCUAAAAUUCUGAAACGUAAGGGGGAAAGAGAAAUUGUAUUUCAGAAAUUUAUUAUUUUGAAUCCAGACUUGUGCUUUAUAGUAGUUGCAGUUUGGUAUUGUUGCAGCUCUUAGUCAUCCCAUUUGGCUGGAAAGCAGCAAUCAGGAUUUACCUGUUAAAUAGGAAUACUUCCUCCUUAUGAUAUUUGGAUUAGUUACUCAAUAUUCCACCAAAGAAGAGACUUGUCUCAGAGUAAGAACAUUAGAUCAGAGUAACUGAGAUGCGUGGCAGGAAAAGAUUGGAGCCUGUGCCAUAGCUGAGCCAUAUUUAAUGCAGUACUGUUGAGACACUGCAACAGAUGUCUAAAUCUGUUUAUAGAUCUCAUUUGUUCAAAGAAAACACUGCUUGUUACAGGGUUACAAUUCUGCCAUUUGCAGCCUGAUCAUAAUGAUUAGUGUUUUUAGUCUACAUGAAUACGUUUUUCUGAAAAUUUGUACACCCAUUCUGUUUAUUUAAAACAUAUAUUUGAGGUGUUUACAGCCAUUUCUUUUGACCUUGUGAUAUCAUUUACAGAUUGGUUACAGCUGUCAGUCAGGGUUGAGGUGAACUCUGAAAUGGGGCUUCAGAGACCAAAUUUUAGGCACCACAAAUCUACAGUGAUACCUCUAGUUACAAACUUAAUUCAUUCUGGAGGUCCGUUCUUAACCUGAAACUGUUCUUAACUAGAGGCAUGCUUUCGCUAAUGGGGCCUCUUGCUGCUGCUGCGCCACGGGCACAUGAUUUCCCUUCUCAUCCUGGGGCAAAGUUCUCAACUCAAGGUAACUCUUCCAGGUUAGCGGAGUUCGUAACCUGAAGCAUUUGUAACCUGAGGCAUUUGUAACUUGAGGUACCACUGUCUUUGGGAUCAGACACCUGACUCUCCAGAGUUAUUGCUGAUGUGAAAUAAGUACUGUAAUUUGCCUCCAGUUCCUACUACAGUGUUCAUCACAACACACACUUUAUAGAAGGGUAUGGGUCAAGCAUGUGUGACAGUGGCCAGGGAGAUGGGAACUAUAUUUCCCAUUAUUUCCAGCAUACUAAGAGGCUAGCAAACAUGCACUUUAAGAGUUUGAAGCUCAAUCCUUGUUGCAGUAUUCCUGGAAGUUCUCCUUGUUGUCUCCUCAGUAAGUUGUGGAGGUGUUCUGUUAAGUGAGUGGGGACUCGGAAUCACAGUCUGCUUAAGAAUGAAUCUGGAGUUCAGGUUUUUCCAGACAACCAUGCAGAAAAUAGACCCAUUUAAUCUAGAUGAUAUCUAGUUGCUGAACAUUGAAACUAUGGUGAUGUGGCUGAGGCAGAGCUUGUCUCAUGUUAGAUUCAUACCGUGGGUUAAUUUGGCACGGCAAAUCUUUACAACAGUAGAAAUUAGUAAUAUGAACACAGACAUGUGUUUUCCUGAUUCCUCCCUAUUCUGACUACCAGGGCUCUUCUUCAUUCCUGCCCCAUGCUUCCAGAAGACAUGGAAGGAACUAGAAUGGGCAGUAUUUGGUAAAGCUUGUAUAGUGACCCAACACUAGUAGCAACUACAUUCUUGUUGUAAGUGUAGGAGGGAGAAAGAAUAAGUGCAGGAAGUUAGCUUUGAGGUAUUUUCCCAGGUGUGAGAACAUAGCAGGGGUUUGUGCCUUGCAUGCUUUCUUCUACCCAAAAGAAGCUUAACUGGGAAUUGGGUGUGUGUAUGGGCUCCUAGAGGCAUACAUUCACCACAGGUGACAUGGUGAAUGCUUUCUUACCUGCAUUGUUGCCAAAUAUAGGGACGUUGGGGAGGCAUAUGAAGUGGAGAUGUGCACAGAUGGAGUUGUUGUAGAAACCCAUUUUCUGUAGCAGUGAAAAAAGGCAGUUCGUGCACUGUAGAUACGGAUAUCAUAUUUAACAGUUGGAGGGCCUAGGCCUUUUUGUGUUUUUAUAUUGUCAGCUGCCCUGUGAUCUUUGGAUGAAGGGCAGUAUAGAAAUUUAAGAAAUAGUAGUAGUACGGUAGUUGUUGUAGUAGAGUAAGCCUUAUAUAGACAGUUGAAAGAGGUAUGUUGUAGAGACAUAAGUUUGAGAUGCUCUUGAUACAGCCAUUGAAUCAUGGAUGAGCCCACAGGAUUUUUCCUGAUGAGCAGUGUGCUGUAUCAUCUCAGAUCCAGACUAUGAUAUAAUAAGAAUUUUAUUUGAUUUAAGUUUAGAAUGUCGGCAGCCAUAAGUUAAAUAGAUAGUUAUCUUCUUGUACAGAAACUAAAAUAAAUAAAUAAUUAUCUUUCCACAGCAGGAACUCAUUAUACAAUGACAAAUGGAGGAAGCAUUAACAGUACUACACAUUUACUGGACCUCUUGGAUGAGCCCAUUCCUGGGGUUGGAACAUACGAUGACUUCCACACCAUUGAUUGGGUGCGAGAGAAGUGCAAGGACAGAGAAAGACACAGACGGGUAAAAACUCUAGGGCACUACUUUUUUAAAAACAACAACAACUUUGCUUUUGCAUACUGUUUGACCAGGUUAAUGGUUAUUUAUAUAAAUGUAUAGGAGAGGUGUCAUCUGUAAUGUGUUGGUGCAAAUUGAAUUUUGAGUCACUAUAGUAGCUGACACUGGAAUGAUUCAUUGCUGGAUCAUUUUUUAAAAUUUUCUAUUCUCUUGAGUGUUCUUCUGAACAUAAGAAGUAGGAACCCUUGUCUUCCUCUAUAUCAAGCUGUUGAUGGGGGUGGGGGACAACACAGUAGGAGCAGUGGGGGGGGGGGGAAUGAACAGGAAAGGUGGAAUUCUGCUUAGGGAGUGAAUGGCCUCAGCCUUGGAGCAAAAGGUCUAAGGACAUCAUUGGUAGCCAAAGGGUUUGACUUCUCCAACAUCUGACAGCUGGUGACAGACUGACAACUUGAAAAAGCAUUUUAUAAUUGGCAUUAGAACAUGACAAGGUUCAGGAUCCUGUCCCACACAAUUCAGAACUGGGCCAUGGCUCAGCAGCAGAACACAAACUUUUCGUAUAAUUUGUUAAUCGAAUAAAGAUUUGUAAUAUACCAGGUAAUAUUUUGUUUCUACAGAUCAAUAGCAAGAAGAAAGAAUCGGCCUGGGAGAUGACAAAGAGUUUGUAUGAUGCAUGGUCAGGAUGGCUAGUUGUGACACUAACUGGAUUAGCAUCAGGUAGGGGCAACUUGAAGGAGCUGUCUAGUUUUUGUAGAACCCCUGGUGAAAUUUGUGAUAUUUACAGUGCAGUCAUAUAUAUAUGUAUACUCAGACAUAAGUCAACAUUUAGUUCAGCGGGGGCUAACUUGCAGACUGUGGGUACAGGAGUGCAACCCUCACCUCUGAUCACUUAUAAUAUUGGCAAUCUACAGUAUGUGAGGCAACAAUAAAGGUGAAAGCUAUGAUCAGUGCAGUAAGGCGUGCAGUAAACCAUGGAUACGUCACUCUUCUACCCCAAGACUCCAGACCAUUUUGUGUCUCUUCUCACUUCACCUAGAUGAAUGAUUUUGACCUGCAUCCUGUAUUCUUUUUCUUCUUUCUGCUGAAUGUCCAUUGACUUCCUGAGUGCAACAUCAAAUAUUGGAGUAUUCUAGAGUAUGAAACAUUUGAAGAUCUUGGUGUUCUUUGGUUGCCCUGCCAAGUUAAAUAUUAGCAUACAUGCAGGAAACAAGGAAAUUGUCCUUCCUUGUACAAAACAAGUCAAGCUGGUUAUAAAGUUUUAUUUUUUUAGAACUAAAAGACUGAGUAAAGAAUGUUUUAUUAAAGGUUUUGAGAAUCAUCCUCUUUAGAUUAUGGCCUGGUCCUUAUGCAACACUCCCAAUCCAACAAAAUAUGGAUUGUUGGAGUAUGAGCAAGCAAUGAGCUUGAGUCCCCCCCCCCCCUUCCCAUUCUUUCCCUUUCCAUAUGUUGAGCUUCAGAGGAGAUGUCCUGGUUUCUUAAACCACAGUUUUCUGUGAUGUCAAAAUGGGGAAACUACUUUUAAGUGCUGCUUACAAAGCAGUUGUAAAACUCUGCAGGGCUCCAAACCACUCAGAUUUCUUUAGGAAACUGCAGCUAAUCCAAAUGCAGCACCUAAACUGGUGACUGGGUGUAGCCGCCAGGACCAUAUAACAUUGGUCCUAAAGGAUCUUCACUGGCUCCCAGUACGUUUCCGAGCACAAUUCAAAGUGUUGGUGCUGACCUUUAAAGCCCUAAGCGUCCUCUGCCUAGUAUACCCAAAGGAGUGUCCACUCCCAUCUCUCAUUCCAGCUACUGAGGUCCUCCUCAGUAGAACCAGGGAACCAGGCAGAAGGCAUUCUUGGUAGUGGCGCCUGCCCUGUGGAACGCUCUCCAAUCAGAUGUCAAGGAAAUAAACAACUAUCUGACUUUUAUAAGACCAUGGCUGUCAACUUUUCACUUUUCUUGCAAGGAAUCCUAUUCAGAGUAAGGGAAUUUCCCUUAAAAAUCGGGAAACAUUGACAGCUAUGUAUAAGACAACUGAAGGCAGCCCUGUUUAGAGAAGUUUUUAAGGAUUGAUGUUUUUAUUAUGUUUUUAGAUAUGUUGUAAGCUGCCCAGAGUGGCUGGGGAAACUCAGCCAGAUGGGUGGGGUAUAAAUAACAUUCUUAUUAUUUAUUAUUAUUAAAGAAGAAAUGUGAUUAAUAUCCAACUCCCUAGACACUGUUAAGCAUUUCAAGAUGAGCUCCUGAGGGCUGUGCAUGCCUAUCCUGUCAAGAUCAGGUUAUCAGAGACUUUACCCUACAGAUUUAAUCUUGAAAAGUAUGAAGAAAAAAUAUCCCCAAGUCAGUAAUGUAAAACUCUAUGGGACAUUUCAAAAUUAAUGACACCAUUUAUGUUAUGUUGGCAUUCCGGGUGAAGUGAUUGAUUUUGUUAACAUUAAUCUUCUACAUUUUGAAGAAGAGUAAUCUCAGCUAGGCCUGUUUUUGAACACAUUGAGUUUUUAUUGCAGCCUGCGUGAAUUGAUGGUGAUUUUGUCUACUUAUGGGCUCUGAAAAUGCUAUGUCAUCUCUCUUACUGAAAUAGGUGCAUUGGCUGGGUUGAUAGAUAUUGCUGCAGACUGGAUGACUGAUUUAAAGGAAGGCAUUUGUCUUAGUGCCCUAUGGUUCAACCAUGAACAGUGUUGCUGGGCCUCAAAUGAAACAACAUUUGAAGAGAGAGACAAAUGUCCUCUAUGGAAAACAUGGGCAGAACUAAUAAUUGGUCAAGCAGAGGCAAGUAUAGCUCUUCAACUUUUCUUCACUGUCCUUUCUUCACUGACUUAACCUGUCUGUGAAUGCCUGCAGAUGGUAUUUUAUCCAAAAACAGAAAUGGUAAUAAUUUAACAUAUAACGAAAGAUUAAGGAGCAUCCUAUGUUCAGAGAACAUUUCAAUGCCUUGUGCACAUUCUGAUGGGUAUGGAGAGUGGGAGUGGGGGAUUUUUGGCAUUUUUCAGAAAUUCAGCAGCCCGAAACAUGUAUGCAUGAGAAUAUUUCAAUGAAAUUACAAAAUUGACUUACUGAAAGCUGUAGGUGCAGAAACUCCUGACAGUAUGAAAAUACCCGAAAUGUCUGGCUGCCAUUUAACUGCUGUUUUUGCUGUUUUUUUGCACAAUCUGUUAUAUGUGUUUGAAAAAGACCUUGUGCUUCAGAGUGAGCCCAUAAUGCAGGGAGAGGGAACCUGUGGCAACUUCCACCAGGACCAGCCAGCCAGGACCGCGAAUGAUGAGAGCUGCAGUCCAUCAAGUUCGGGGUGGGGUGGGGCACAGGUUCUCCACCUCUACUUUAAUCACUUGUUGGCAUUAUGGGAGAAGAGUGCUGACAUGUAGGCUUGUACUAUAGCCAAUGACCACCUAACCCUAUCCUGUUUGCUGUACAGUAGUUGCUUCGCUUAAAAAGAAAAGACAUUUUGAGUCAAAACUCACUGCAGAUUAAGUUACUAUGUGGUAGCUAACUCAAAUUUGUUAACUGUUUGUUCUGUUUGCUUUCUUUCAGGGCCCAGGCUCCUACAUUAUGAACUACAUCAUGUAUAUUUUCUGGGCCUUGAGCUUUGCUUUCCUAGCCGUUUCUUUGGUGAAGGUGUUUGCACCUUAUGCAUGUGGCUCUGGGAUUCCAGAGGUAGGCUUUCCAUUACAAUUAUCCUUAAAAGUGUUUAAGGAAAGUUGAUAAAGAGAGGAAUGCUGUCACAUAGAACUUACUACAUGCUUAUGAAUAAUAAUGUACAAAAUAAAGUAUUGGGACUCCGAUUGUGGUUCAGGACUUAAUUUGUGUAUUUAAGGCUGCAGUUCUAUGACCCCUAGGAAGGGGUGUCAAAGGCCAUAAGUCACAGUGGAGUUCCUUUUCGGAUGUUGGAGAUAGAUCUGAAACAGAGUGGAAGAAAUACGACGACCACUUAUGACAGCUUAUAUUUUGCCUAUGCCACCUAUAACAUUUAUAUUAGGUUAUAUAGCUGAUACAGGUGAUUGAAAUCUUAAACAUCAUAGCACAAAGUGAAAUAGCCAAAACAGGGGGAAAAUAAAUCUAGGACUAGAUAUAGAAAAGAAGUUAAAAGAGCUGUGGAAAUUAAUUUUUUUUGUUAAACUUGCACACUUAAUUAUAUUUUGAGUGAAUAAAUUCCAUUAAUAUAAUAGAAGCAUCUGAAGAAUUACCAGUCUAUUUGUGGUAGUUGUGCAGGAUCACAGACUAAUAUAUUUCAGUCUUUUAAAAGACUUUUAAAAAAAAAGGAUUUGAGAAUUUAGAGUGGUUAUUUUUGUUCCAGCAGCUGUGUAAUUUAAGUUUUGAACAAGUUAUGUUUUCUGAGAUAUGUGUUCAAAAUUUUCAUGAAAAGCCUAAAUUAUUAUUUUAAUGUCUAUUUCUUUUAUAUUCUAGAUCAAAACUAUAUUGAGUGGCUUCAUCAUUAGAGGAUACCUGGGCAAGUGGACCUUGAUGAUAAAAACAAUCACUUUAGUCUUGGCUGUAGCCUCAGGUUUAAGUUUAGGAAAAGAGGGUCCUCUAGUACAUGUUGCCUGUUGCUGUGGAAAUAUCUUUUCCUACCUCUUUCCGAAGUAUAGCACAAAUGAAGCAAAAAAAAGGGAGGUGAGUCUUUCUUAUAAAAAUAUACAUUUAUAAUAAUUCAUUCUUAUGAAAAGGAAAUAAAGCAUAAACAUGUUUAUUAAUCCAAUAGCAGUUAAAUAAUUGCGGCUAAAAUAAUUGCUGUUUUUCUUAAUUGAAUAAAGUAGUAAGCUACAGAGAAUAAAUGAGGUUAAUUCUAGAAAUACUGGUGUUUUGAAAUUGUUCAAGGUCUUACCUCCUGUAGAAUUUUGCGCUGCUCUCAUAUUUGUAAUAAAUUGGCAGUAUGAACCCCAGGGCCCAGUGCUGUCUGCUGCUCUGCAGUGGCAAGAGCAUAGGAUUGGGCCUCAAUGGCUGCCUCAUCCCAAUGGUGUAAUCUGGUUCUAAGGAAAGGCCUGCAUGUGGCACAAGGGGCUUUCAUUGAUGCAAAGAGGGUUCAGCAUAUGUGUAUAUGGCCCUGUGCCUUCAGUGCUGCUGGUAUAAAUUUGCUCUUGCAAAAGUGUGCAGCAAGGGGCCUUAAAUAGAUCCCCCCCCCAAAAAAACUGGAACACAAUUUGAAAACUAUGCCACAUUUUUUGGCACAUAUAUAUCGUAACUAUGUGAGUGCAUAAGAUCAGGCUCUCGGAUUCCAGUGCCACAGUCUUCCCUUCCUCGGGAGCACAUUUUUAAAAACACAUUUGGUCAGAUAAUAGAGCUCUUCCUAAAUUAUAUUCUCUGAAUUCUAGAAUUGGUCUUGGGGAAAGUGGCUUUUGAACACAUGGCCAGUUGUGACUAGCUUAGAGAAAGCAACAUCUCCCAAUCUUAAGUUAAGAAGAAGCCAUUUGAUCCCAAUCAGUUAUGAAAUAUGGUUUUUGCUGCUAUGGUGUUUAUAUAUGCCCAGUGUUUGUGGAUAAGUCAUAACAGUGAACUAUUUACAUUUGAGAUUUUAUUUCAAACAGUCUAAAGCUAUGUAAUCCUUUUUACAGGUAUUAUCAGCUGCUUCAGCAGCGGGCGUAUCAGUAGCCUUUGGUGCCCCCAUUGGUGGAGUCCUUUUCAGCCUAGAAGAAGUAUGUAUAAAAAUCUCUGAAAAAAAUGUGUAUUCCGUUAUUACUGUAAUCUUACAUGACCCACUCAAACUCAGUCUCUCUACGUACAUAACAAUGCAGGUUUAAGCUUAGCACAGUUUCACUCAAUGUGUACUCAUUGCAGGGCUAUUUGGUGGUAAAUAGAGAUAAAUUUAACUUUGUAGUACAACCCUUGCAAAUAAGGUGACCAGAAGUUACUACUAGCCAACAAAAGAUACUACAGUGGUGCCUCGCAAGACGAAAUUAAUUCGUUCCGCGAGUUUUGUCGUCUUGCGAUUUUUUUCGUCUUGCGAAGCAAGGUGUCGGGAAAGUUUUGGAAAAGCUUCAAAAAUCACCAAAGUCUUUAAAAACCUCAAAAAAGGCUACCACACCGCAUUCUAUGAGUUGCUCCUCGAAGUCAAGUCGCAACUGUAUUAACGGUGUUAAGAAAAGGAAACAAACUUGCAAGACGUUUCCGUCUUGCGAAGCAAGCCCAUAGGGAAAAUCGUCUUGCGAAGCAGCUCAAAAAACAAAAAACCCUUUCGUCUAGCGAGUUUUUUGUCUUGCGAGGCAUUCGUCUUGCGAGGUACCACUGUAUUAGAUUCACUGCCUAAACCUGAUGUUAGCCAUUUAUGGCAUUUCCACAGAAAGAAAGAAUAACCUUUCUGAUUUAUAAAAUUUCCUUUGCCUAGUCACCUGAGCUAAAUUCUACUUGUCAAAGAGUACUAGGCAAGUAGCUAUUUAUUGCUGUUAUUCCUAAACAGCUAGAAGCUCCUCAGAAAUUCUCUGCAUGUAAUGUUUCCAUUCUUCUUGUCUUCACUGAAGCUCUACUCAUUGCUGGCAGUGCUUGGUGUGAACUUGAUAGCUCAUUCCAGAUACGUCAAAGUGGUGCAGACAUGCAUGGGUUGACAGAAUCCAGCUCAUGAUGUAGCAGUUAUGUGGUUUUUCAUGCACCUUAGCUUGCAAUAUCUUUACUGUGACACCACUAAGCUGUUUUCUGUAACUUUGGUAAUAUGGGCUGCUUUGUGGACAGUUCUUGGGCUUGCCAUACAGAUAAGCAAUAGUGAAACUGCUUCAGGUCAGGCUUAUCCUGUAUCUGCCAUAUUUGUCUGCAGAAAUUGGUGCAGAAUCUGUGCACGACUAACCCAUUAUCCUGACUGCCAAAACAUUGCUCUAGUUUAAAAUAUUUUAAUGUCAGUCAUUUCUCUCAAUGCUUGAAGUGAUGUCUGUAUUAUUACAAAGCAUAAAGUAGCAUUCAGCAUUAGCUGCUGAUGUUGAUAAUACACAGUUUCCCUUACUUGUUAUAAGCUUAGUGAAAUGAGCAGAUUUGCACAAUAGAUCCAUUUGUAUUAUUUAUUCUCUUUUUGUCUCUUGUAGGUCAGUUAUUAUUUUCCACUGAAAACUUUGUGGAGAUCUUUUUUUGCUGCUUUGGUGGCUGCAUUUGUGUUGAGAUCAAUCAAUCCUUUUGGUAACAGUCGCCUAGUUCUUUUCUAUGUUGAAUACCAUACUCCAUGGUACCUGUUUGAACUGUUGCCAUUCAUUCUUCUGGGGGUAUUUGGUGGGCUGUGGGGAGCAUUUUUCAUCCGUGCAAACAUCGCUUGGUGCCGUCGACGCAAAUCAACAAAAUUUGGAAAAUAUCCAGUUCUGGAGGUCAUUAUUGUAGCAGCAAUAACCGCUGUCAUUGCUUUUCCAAAUCCAUACACCAGAGUCAACACCAGUGAGCUUAUUAAAGAACUCUUCACAGACUGUGGCCCCUUGGAAUCUUCCUCCCUUUGUGAUUACAGAAAUGACAUGAAUGUCAGUAAAAUAGUAGAUGAUAUUCCUGAUCGUCCAGCAGGCACAGGAGUGUAUUCAGCUAUAUGGCAGCUGUGUUUAGCCCUUAUAUUUAAGAUUAUAAUGACAGUCUUCACCUUCGGUAUCAAGGUAAGAUAUAACAAGCAAUAUUUCUCUGGCCCUUGCCCUUUUUGUUUUCAUGUUCAAAUCUUGAGCUCUCUCUUUCUUACACUUCAAUCCUAUAAACACCUGACAGUUAGUCCCCACUGAACUCAAUAGGAUUUACUUCUGAGUAGACAAGCAUAGGAUUAUGCUGUUAAUAUAUAUAUAUAGUUAGAUACAAAUUAGAAGGAAAGAGCACUAUAUAAAUAAAGUUUCAUUAAAGAUUGGGUUUCUAUUGCAUUCCCCCCUAUUCUUAGCUGGUACAUUAUUGAGAAAGCCUAUCUUAAUGUAUUGCAUGUGCCUUUUAGUAAGAUAGGCAGCAAAGUUUAAUUUAGUAUGAAGGACAAAUGAUAUCUUGUUCAGUGAGGAAUACAAACAUGUUGAAAUUUGAAAUUGGAGAUUCCAAAUAAGGAGGACAAACACUGAUGUGUUCUCUUGCACAAUUGUGUGGGAUGGAAAGACCUAUUUUCAGAAGCUAAGCUCUUUAUUGCUUAUAAAUGUUGAACUCCAGCAAGAAUGGUUGUUGAUGUUCAGAAGACAUUGCACAUAUCUUCCAUGUUUGCAUUAGUUCAUUCAUUGGCUAAUAAGAUUAAAACUAAAUACAGUAUAUUCCAGGUUUUGGAAGGCCUAGUUAGAUGCAUGGACAAGCAUUGCGCUAAAGUCAAAUUACAGUAUGCUAUAGGGUUCAUGUACUAUUUUGGAUUGUAGGCUGCAUCAUCUAGAAGGAAACCAGAUUUAGAUGUGUGUGCUGGUUUCUAGGAACUUGAAGAAAUAACAAGCAGUGCAGACUUGAUGUAAUGUUAGAUAUGACUUUAAGAAUAUUUCGAAUGCAUGGGGGUUUUUUUGUCUUUGAAACAAUUGGCUAUUCAAUUGUUGCCAGCUGUGGCAGCCUCCGUGGGAAAGUAUGCUUCAGUAAUGCACUGGCUCUGAUAUACUGCAGUGAAAAGAGGAACUGGGGCAGGGGGUGAGGAGGAGGUUAACAUACUGGAGCACUGACUGCCCCCAUGUAGGGGAUGGGAAGAGAAUCUGUGUAAUUAAGGAAGUGGAUUUUGACAGUGUUUCCCACCAAGAGCUAACGAUGAUGCUACAGUCUGCUAAAGGUGUCUGCAUGGCUACAGAGAGCUGUAUUGUAUCUAUUGGGUUGUGCUUCUGGAAAAUGGCAUUCCAAAUGUACUGCCCUUGGAUCAGCUGCACCUCAUGUUGUAUCUACCCUGAAGCCUCAACAGUUUAGUGAUUAUUCCCAGACAUCAGUAGAGCCUUAGUUAGCUUAGAAUUCUGGGUGGGGAAGAUGGAGGCUUUCACACUUCUUCAGUAAACUUCCCAUCCCAUCAUAAUAAUGUUUUAAUGUUGUAUUUUAAUCUUGUUUUUUAAAUUGUAUUCAUUCAACUUGUUUUUAUUAUUGCUUGUUAGCUGCCCUGAGCCCGGCCUUGGCUGGGGAGGGCGGGGUACAAAUAAAAUUUAUUAUUAUUAUUAUUAUUAUUGAGGAGGAAAGAGGCAGCUGAAUCCAAACUUUGUGGGGGCUUCUGGCUCUGGAAUCUUUCACACAACCCGCUGGUCUAUGUACUGUAACAGUGAUCGGGAACCUGUUGCUGACCAGAUCUGAUAAGCAACAGGUUCCCUAUUCCUGUGCUUAAAAGGCGGAAACAUUUCCUUUACAAGGUCAUAUUCUUCCUUGGCUUUCUCUUUCUCUUAGGUGCCAUCAGGUUUGUUCAUACCUAGUAUGGCCAUUGGCGCAAUAGCUGGGAGAAUCGUGGGAAUCGCUGUGGAGCAACUUGCAUAUUAUCACCAUGACUGGUUUAUCUUCAAGGAGUGGUGUGAAGUUGGAGCGGACUGUAUAACCCCCGGCCUCUAUGCUAUGGUUGGUGCUGCUGCAUGCUUAGGUAACUAAAUCAGAACACAGUAAAUGAAAGGGAUUAUCCCUUUUUCGACUGCUUAAAUAGGCAAGUUAUAAAGGGAUAAAGCAGAACAAAUGGACAUGCCCAGGGUUUGAAGAGCAUGUUGCUUUGAACUGGAAACAUGGACAGUACUGAAAAGAUACAGUAAUUAAAACCACAAUGACUAUGUUUCCAUAAGCCCAUCUUAUGGGCAUGCAAUGCUGUAUUUAAUCACAACUUUUAAAAAACCAGCCCUCAUCUCUAAAAGUUUGAAUGUGAAUUGGAAUUGGUAUUGAUUAAAAGUAUGGUAAUCCUUGAAAUACUUAUUCACAAACAUCCUUGUGCUGUUUCCCAGCCCUGCCUUGAUAUAUGAACAUAGAUUUAGCCAUUUAUGCAUUGGGAAUCAUGAUGUGGAAGAUAAUAAAACCCCUUAAGAAUACAAACUUAGAGUUGUAAAAUGGCUAUACUACUAGAAGACUCCUGGCAACUGGUGCUGCCACUUCCGGUUUUGGCAGAUUAAAUUUUGAGUAAAUGAUCAGACAGGCUUUAGUCAGUUCAUCUUUGGAAAAACGUUAAACUAGUAACAGAAGCCUUCCUUCUGGUGGAGGAAGCUGUGGACAAGGAGGAUCAGUCAGUUUCGAUUUUCCUUCCCAGUGCUAAGUCAACAUUUUUUGUAUUCCAAUUUGAUUUUGUAAACCAUCUGAUUGCAUAUUAUUAUUAUUUAAAUUGUUUGUUGAAAUUAUCAGUACCACAUAAGCACAUUAUUAAAUCUUGAAACUUAAAUAUAGUGAAAUUCUGGGCAUGUCUUCUCAGAAGUAAGAGUUGUUGUGCUCAAUGGGACUUACUCCCAGCUAAUGUUAGUUUGCAGUUUGGGGAUUAAAUUAUUUUUUAUCAUAAAACCAGUCUGUCAUUUCCCCUUCUUUAAGAUAACUACACCUUUGGGUGAAUUUUAUUAUUAUUAUUUUUGUGUAGCAUUAAUAUACAUUCAAAGUUAUGUGCUGCUAAUUCCAUGUUGAAGUCUUGUGGUGAUUGACUUAAUACCUGGCUGGCACCUGAUGUUAUCUAGGUGGCCAGGGAACACCACAUUGAUACAUUAUUCCACAAGGACAUACUGAUCAAUAACCUUCUUUUUUCCCCCUUUCAGGUGGUGUGACAAGGAUGACUGUAUCUCUAGUGGUUAUUGUAUUUGAGUUGACAGGUGGGCUAGAAUACAUUGUGCCCCUCAUGGCUGCAGUAAUGACAAGCAAGUGGGUAGGAGACGCUUUUGGCAGGGAAGGUAUCUAUGAAGCACACAUUCGUCUGAAUGGAUAUCCUUUCUUGGAUGCCAAGGAAGAAUUUACCCACACAACAUUGGCAGCUGAUGUCAUGAGACCUCGAAGAAACGAUGCACCCCUGGCAGUGUUGACACAAGAUAAUAUGACAGUGGAUGAUAUAGAAAAUAUGAUCAAUGAAACCAGCUAUAACGGUUUUCCUGUUAUAAUGUCCAAAGAGUCCCAGAGGCUAGUGGGAUUUGCUCUAAGGAGAGAUUUGACUAUUGCAAUAGGUAAUUGAAUUUUUGUAUUCUGAGUUUGUUGUCCUCCCCUAUACCCCCCCAAAAGCAUUAGCUCAAGAGCAGUCAUAGGAGAAAUCGGAGGGUUACAUGAAUUUGGAGGUGGAAAUGGGGGCGUAAUCCUUGAAGAGCAGCACCAGGCUCUCCAUUUUCACAUGAAGAGAACCCUACAGUGAACUGUUUCUUCUUCUUAACAGUCCCAUGUAGCCAAAUAUGGAAGCUCUAGCACUGCAUAGUAGCUUUGGGAGCAGUGAGACUGGGAAUCGGACCAAAUGAAAUACCUACUGCAGCUUUUGCCAUACCGAGAUUUGAAAAGCAUAAAAUUCCAGAACUGAUUGAUAUGAAAUUAUGCCACAGCAUAAUUACCUAGUAAUACCCAAGUGAAUUUUAUCUGCCACUUUCAAGUCCAGAUAUCUAGAAGUUUGUGACAUGCACAACUUAAUUCUUGUAAUAGGGGUGUGCUACAUGAAUCUUUGUGAUAGAAAAUGAAUGUCUUUGUGUCCCCACUCCACCAUCAAAGAGAUUGUCAUACAGAUAUGGCUCGGGGCAGUUUUGAAGACCUAGAAUAUAAUUUUGCAGUAUAGUUGUGUGGAGAAGCAGCAUUGCUUGCAUUACUUUUGUGGAUUUAAACAUUGAAAUGCUUCAGUGAAUGUGAGCAGACAAGCUGAAACUUCAUCCGGGCAAGAUGAAAGCACUGUUGAUUAGGAGUAUAUCCAGUGUAAGGCUAGGAUAACUUGAAGACUCAGACUUGCAGCUUGGAGGAACUCCUGCAUCUGAUGUUACCCCUGAAUAUUCAGGUGAAGCAGUACCCAUGAGUUUACAUAGGCUGCAUUGCAGGAGGAAUGACCUAGCCAUGAUGAUUCAUGCCUUAGUUACAUCUAGAUUGGAUCUCUUUAAUACACUCAAUAUAUGUAGAUAAACUACACUCUGAUUUUAAACCCUUAAGGUUAUAAAUAACAUUUUGGACUAAUUUAUGGCCACAUGAUCCGUCACAUUUCUGAUGUCACUUGACUUUGACCUGUGCACUGUUUCUUAUCUCUAACAUUAGUAUGUGUGUGCUGGAUUCCACCCUCCCCCCUUGUUUGUUUGGAGAAUAAAUCAAGAAUGAAUACACCCACACCCACACUUCUAGGAAACAGAAGCUGGUUCAAAAUGCAGAUGCUAAAGUGUUGAGUGGUGCAGGGUGCGGGACAUGUAUAACUUUGCUUCCUCUUGAUUCCCAAGCCCAGUUUAAAGUUUUGACCUUUUAAAUUCUGAAAUGUCUGGGCCCAAGAUACUUCAAGGACUGAUUACUCUCUUUUGAACCUACUUGUAUUCCUCCCACUGACUGAAGAGUAAUGGGCUGUGCUGUGGCACUGAAGCUGUGGAGCUCACUACUGUUGACUUGCAACUUGUAGACAGUUUUCCAGGUUUUCCCACCAUGGAAAGAGCUUUUAAGCUCUCCACCUUGCCUGGGGCACAAGCACCACUUUGCACACUGGUUUCAGAAAGGUGGGGAUGGUUGCACAGGGGUUAUUCUGGCUAUAUGCGAUUUCAGCUUUACGCACAAUCCUUGGCUUCUCACCCUUGCACAAAUUGCGAGUUGUCUGUACUUCUUUCUAGAUUCUGGACUAAGACAACCCUCUUCUGAAAGGCUUUUGUGGUUGUCCCGAUUAGCUUCCUUUCUUUUUUCUGCAUUAAGGAUUACUGUCCUGCUAACUUUAAAAUUUGGUACAACUUUGAACUGUGCUUAAGUGUUUCUAGUGGUAGCUACUUUGGAUACUUUUAGUCAAAAGGCAGGUUAAAAAUAUUUUAAUAACGAAACAUUGCACCCUCCCCCUUCUAUCAUUUUUUAGUGUUUUGAAAUGCUAGUGUGUUUCCUGAAUUGAACAAUUUGUAGGAUUAAGUAUCUUUAUUCUUAUUUAGGAUUAUUGAAUUAAAUUAACAUGACAUGGAUUACUAAAAGAGAAAAUAAUCUUUUGUAGUUAGGUUGGGUGGGGCGUGAGGAACACCACCAUGUAUAGUCCUUUCUUUUUCUUUUUAGAUAUAGUUUUCACUGUUUUAGACAUAAGGGAAUAAUUCAUUCUCUUUCACAUAUUUGUUUUCUAUUGUCCCGAUUAAAGAAAGUGCCAGGAAGAAGCAAGAAGGCAUUGUUGGCAGUUCCAGAGUCUGUUUUGCCCAGCAUACCCCAUCACUUCCAGCAGAAAGCCCUCGACCUUUGAAGCUUAGAAGCAUUCUUGAUAUGAGCCCUUUUACUGUGACGGAUCACACACCAAUGGAGAUAGUGGUUGAUAUUUUCCGCAAACUGGGCCUGAGGCAGUGCCUUGUAACACACAAUGGGUGAGUCCAAUGAUGGGAACUGCUAUUUGUAUCACAAAGGUUUGGGAUUACUUAUUUUUCUAUCUUUGUCCUGUUGCUCCUUCAGAAGUCUUAACACCCUAACACUUGUUCAAGUAUUAAACAUGAGGCAACCGCAUAGCAGGGUGUUGACUUAGAAGUUAUUUUCUCCUAAUUUUAUUUUAUUUUUUCAAAGCAAACACAGCUCUUUGCAAAUUUCCCACUAUCUUCUCCUAGCAGCCCAAAAUAAGUCCUGAGAAUCAUCUGAGGAUAAUUCAUAACACUAGAAGGUUUCUUGUUCUCACUGGUUUACCAUGAGAAGAGGGACAUACAGAAAUUCAUGAUUUUGGGGGGUUAUAUUUUGUUCUUAAGAUAUGGGAAUGCUUCCAUAUUGCUUGUGUCUAAAACCAUAAUAUGGAAUGGAUGUAUAUACUCCUGCCUCCAGUUAAGAUAUCGACACCACUGAAUACUACUCCCAGUUCUUCAGCAUAUUUGUGUUUUUUCUUGGAGGUGGUGCCUCCUCCUCUCUUGCAUUUUGCAAGAGCCCUCAUGUCACAAAAUGGCCCUAGCAUCUUUAUCAUAGUUUGCAUUGUCUCUGUGCAGUUAAGUUAUGAUAAUGAAAGCUACAUUGCCACUAGUUCUGUAGCUCUUCUUGUUGUGAUUUCCCUCCUUUUCAACUGAUUGUAUACCCUUCAAACAAAUGAGCAGGGGGCUGCAUAUUGCAAGCAACAUGAGUCUGCCCCCAACAGCUGAAGCCCCAUGAUGAGCUCAUUCCCCCCUUUCUGCUUUAUAUCAUAAGACUAGAUCUCACAGCCUAAUCAUACUUGCCUUCUCAGAAUGAUCCAUGAAACUACUGGGUCUCAGAGCUGGUUCACAUGGAACUUUUCACAUGGAACUGCUAAUGGGAGUGGCCUACUCAAGUGAGCAGCAUGACAUCAGUGUUGGAGGGUUAUGAAACUUUGCACAUCAGCUUCCAUGAACCUUCCAACACUCUGAAACAGAAAAUCCUUGCUUACAGCACAGGUGCCAUUCUGUUGCAUUUACAUGUCUUCCCUCUGGUACAACAUUACUUAUGCCAAGUGCAUGACUAGGAAGUGGCCUUAUACUGAAUCAGACUAAUGAUAUAACUCAGUGUGGUUUAUUUUGCAAUAUUGUGGCUCUCCAGGAUUUCAGACAUUGCCCUCUCCCAGUUCUAUAUGGAGAUGCUGAGUAUAGAAUUUGAUCUUUUUGCAUGCAAAGCACAUGCUGAUAAGCUGUAAAUAACACCAAUAACAACUACAACUAUUUCCACUUUAAAACUAUAUACAUAAUGAGUGAUAUCCAUAUUUUGGAGAAGCUCAUUAAAAUCAGUGGCAAUGAGGUUACCCAGAAUAUGACCAAUGCUGGAUACCGCCUGAUAUUUUUAGAUUAAUGUAUAUUAGACUCCAGAGACUGGACAUCACUAUGUGAUCUUGCAAUAAACUACUUAAAUUUGCUGCCUUAAAUAGAGGCCUUCAGCCCAAAUUAAACAAACAACACUAUGUUCAAAAGUAAGUCUCCUUAGGCUAAGUGAGACUUACACCCAGGUAAGUAGGAUUGCAUCCUGAAAGCUAAACUGCUAUGUAUGUAUGGGGUUGAGUACACUAUAGCAUUCCUAGAAAAUGCUUUUAUAACACUUAAAACCAUUGAUGAGGCCUGAAGCCCCCUCUGUAGAAGUGUAGCAAAAUAUGCUGCUACAACUGGAAGUACCUCAUUUUCCAAUGCGAUUAUUAACUAUGUAGAAAUUACUCUAUUAUAUUUCUUAAUGAAUUAUUAAGUGAACACGAUAGCAAAAAGUUACUUGCGCUUAAUCUGCAGCUGUGUAAUGUCCGUAUUUGUUUUCUUGCUUCAGCUUGCUAAUGUUACUUUGCGUUUGAUAAUUUUAACAGUGGCCAGAUCUCAUUCCACUUGUCAGUUUGGGGCAUACCCCCAAAUCAUUCACAUCACUAAGCAGACGUGUAUAUUUGCUGCAUGUGACUGCAUCAGGCAAGGAAACGUGUAUGCAGACUGGAAAUUUCGAUCUCCUUUCCUAGGAAAGAGGUCACAGCAGCUGGAACAGUAAAACAGUUUUAAUACCCCCAACACAAUUCUAAGCAUUUUAGAUGAUAGCCAGUGUUAGUCAUAUUCAGAUUGGGCCCAUUAAGCAAGUCCAUUGAUUUCAGUUGGUCUACUACAAUAUGACCCUUUAAUUUUUAAGAAGCUGGUUUACAAAAGAUUUGUUAAUUUUCAUGACCUUGAAAAGCAGCUUGCUAGGAUGUUUCUCUAAAAUUAUUUGUGGUUUGGAAAAGGAAAGCUCUGGGUUUUUUGUUUUGCAUUUUGGUGAUACCACUUGUAUCUUAAUUGUUCUGUUGCUUUUUAUCGCGGCUGUGUAUAUUCCAGGGAAUUGUUGUAUAUGUGCAGGAUUUAGUAUUGGUCCAGUGUGUGGCAUGCUAAGAAUCUUAUUAUUAAUAAUAAUAAUAUUAUUUUUAAAAAGCUUCCAGUUCUGAUGGCCUGUAAGAAAAAUGUAAAGAUGAAACAGGUGUUGGUGAAAUCUAAAGUAAUGGAAAGAAACUAAGUAGGACUACCAGGAGUCAGAAUGUGGGGUUUUGGCAUCCUGUUUAACAUCUUGUCCAUCUGCUGUUUUCAGCUACUCCCUGGUUUUAUUCUUAUAAGACAUUUAUCCCGUCUUCCCCAUUCUUGCCUGUUUUCAUUCUACCAUUCCUGCUUAAACAGACCCAAACUAAGUAUAUGUGAACAUAUUGAUCUAAUUUAUUCUAGAUGCAGAAUUCAGGGAGAGGGAGUAUGGAGUAGCAUUUAGGUGCCUGUCUUAAGGACUGUUAAUGUGAUUAAAAUAGAGACAGAGGCAGGCUUAAUAUUUUGAUCAUCAGAUGUUUUUAAGAAGGUAAAAUGUGCAUCUGUAGGAGUAAAAGUUAAGCUUGUUCUUGCAUUUCAUAUUUAUAAUGGCAGGAAAUGUGGAAAGAUUGGUUGUAAUAAUGGUAAAACAUCUAGAUGUCAGUGUGCAACAUGUGUCUAUAUCUUAAGUUUAAUAUGCAUUGAGAGAAGAUGCAGUGGCCUUCAAAUCCUUUUUCAGUUAACCUUCCCAUUAUUAGCAUUUCUGCAGUCCAUGUUUUCGUUUUACUUUCCCCCCUAAACUUCUUUCAUUAUGACUGGAGCUCUUUUGUUUGAUUUCACACACAGUUAUUAGCAUAACAUGAUCUGUUUCAGGAUUGUCUUGGGGAUCAUCACAAAGAAGAACAUAUUAGAGCAUCUCGAGCAACUAAAGCAGCACGUCGAACCCUUGGUGAUUAGAUAUAUCAGAUCUCCUCAUUAGACACUUUAGACAUCAGGAAGCAUGAAACUUGUGAAUUGUUCAGUGUUCUCUUAUAACAGCUGAACAACAACAAACCUCCAUAAACAAGUAUAUAGGCCUUAUGAAUUUGAAAUGUGAGCAAAAUCCGUUUGUGGGAAAAUAUGCUAAAUGAAGACAUGAGCUCAACAUUCACUGUUAAUUAAAAGUGAACGUUAUGCAAGAAAGUGGAUUAGCGAUUUCAAUGAUAGAAAUUCUGCUAUUCCCAAAGGUUCCAGGGUACAUCUGUUUUCUGACAAGUUUUGUUGAACUGUGUAAAAUAAGCAUGUGCCAAAACUCUGUAGGUUUGGGGGUUUCAUUUUUAACAAGAGCUGCCAAUCAGCCUGCAAACUUCAUUGUAGUCUUUGACAUCUGAACUAGGACAUAUUUCAGCAUUAGAACUAUUUCCUGCCCAGUUGCAGUCACUUUGUGGAGCGACUACUAGAAGGCACUUUAUUUCCUGAUUAACAUCAGCAGUGAUAGAAUUUGUCAUUUGUCCUUCUUGCUGUAUUUUGUGCUAUUUAGAUUCUAGUUGCUGCUCUGCAGUAGUUGCUAUUAAAACCUGUAUUCCAAGUUUGGCUGCUUACAUGCUAAUUGAACUUGCAUUUUAUUCUAAUACUUCACAAGUGUUUCAUGCAUCCUAUUUAAAAAAAAAAAAGUUACAGCAAAAAACUACUAACCAGAAUGACAAGGUUAGAAGCUCAUUCUUUUUUUCUGCCUCUCCUGUGAUAAACCUUUUUAGGACAGCUUCACUCCUUGAUAUAUAAGUAGUAAAACCUGGAUCAUAAGAGCACUGUUUCUAAUAAGAAAAAAGGGGGUCUAAAUGUUUUUUUCUUCUUUUUUUCAAUUUGAACCUGAAAUAAAUUAAUCUGUGAUCAUCUCUUCUUCAAACAUAUGUGCAAGUGCUCUUAUGAAGACACCCAAACCAAUAGGUUAUGCUGGACAGAGCCUCAAAAUUGAACUGUCAAGCAAUUUUGAGUCCAGCUAUAUUCAACCAUAAUUUCUUUUGGUAAUGGGAUCAGUAUCACUUAUUCACACGUUUGCUUUUUCUUUGUCCUCCUUUGUUACUUUUUUGUUGGCAUAUAAUAAUCAGCAACAAAAAAAUAACUAUUAGUGGGCACAGGCUUGGCUUUUCUUUACUUAGAAGUUGAAAACGGGUUACAGUUUAGUGACCACCCUCUUUAGUAUCUUAGUACUGCUGUUGUUUUAAAGAAAAUGAUGGUUGCUUGAUGGCAACAAAAUGUGUUUCUUGGAAUAAGAAAAUCAGGCUUUACUGCACUCUGUUCCUGUCAACAAAAAGGAUUUGGCUAUAAAAUUAGCUUGGCUAUUUCUUCUGGCUCGUGUAUUUAAUUAGCCAUCUUCUAUGUGUCUCUUUCCAGGCGCCUCCUUGGCAUCAUAACAAAAAAAGAUAUCCUCCGUCAUAUGGCCCAGACGGCAAACCAAGACCCCGCAUCAAUAAUGUUCAACUGAAUUCAGUAACAGAGGAGAGAGAGGAAAGUGAAGAGGAGGUUCAUUUGUUGAAUAGCACAACACUUUAG